CAGCGCCCGGCGCUCCUGCGCACACCAGGCACUGACGAGGACCGCUUCGGCAGAGUGAUGACUGAUGAUGACACCGAUAGCGUCCACACCGAGCCCCCGAUCGGGGAGGAGAGCGAGCUGCCUAUUAUCCAGCUGUGCGGGCUGGUGGAGGAGCUCAGCUAUGGAAACUCUGCUCUCAAAAUUGAGACAGAGAUGUUUGAGAAAUAUUACACUAAACUGGAGCCCAGGGAUCACCGACCUCCACGAUUAUCAGACGUUAAAAUGUCAGCGGCAGAAUAUGCACAGUUCCGGGCUAGGCGUAAAUCCAAAGCCCGCUCAGAUAUGGACCAUUCGACAGGCCUCACCAUCGACCAAAAACUUGAGCUUAUACAAAAGGAGCUGGAAGACACAAAGGAUGAGAUAAGGCACAUGCGGGCAAAUGCUGAGCGGGACCUGCAGCACCACGAGGCUAUCAUUGAGGAAGCUGAAAUUCGAUGGACUGAAGUUCGGAGGGAAAUCCACGAGUUUGAAAAGGACGUUCUAAAAACCAUAUCCAAGAAGAGAGGGAGUAUUUUGGCCACUCAAAAAGUGAUGAAGUACAUUGAGGACAUGAACCGCCGGAGGGAUCAUAUGAAGGAUAAAUUACGUUUGAAAAAUGUUUCUCUCAAAGUUCAGAGGAAAAAAAUGCUUUUGCAAUUGAGGCAGAAAGAAGAGGUGGGCGAGGCCCUCCACGAAGUUGAUUUUCAGCAGCUAAAGAUUGAGAAUGCUCAAUUUUUAGAGACAAUUGAAGGAAGGAAUCAAGAACUGAUCCAGCUAAAGCUGGUGUCUGGGAACACCCUGCAGGUCCUCAACACCUACAAAGGAGUCAGAGACAUGAAGUGUGGAGGGAAUUUGCUGGGUAAGAAGUUCUCCAUUGGUGGCUGGAAGACAGAAGGGCCUCUAGGAGCUGCAGUAAUCCCUGCUGACAGGAGAAAGAAAAUGGGGACCUUGGUCCUACAACUUCAGGGAAAUGUGUUCUGCCAUUGAAUGAGCUUGGAAAAGGAUCCUGAGACCCCGACAAGAACCACAGUCUUGACAAACAUCAUGAUUUCGGCCUGGCGGGACCAUGGGCAGACAAUGAGCUUGUGGUAGUUGUUUGUGCAGUGAUGGGAAGUGAAGGCAUGCCUUUUCAGAAGUGGCCUCUACCUCAAGUGACUGAAGGCCCCCUCAGGGUCACCAGUUCAGCUCUCAUCACACCUUUCUGACGGCCCUGCCCGACAGAGCCGGUGAUGGCCUUGGUGCUACCCUCAUAGUUUCAUGCCUUCCCGCCCUGCUUGCCCCAGCUGCAGCUGACCCCUCUCAAUCUGGUCUCGUAUUCACUUUUGCUUUCUGGAGCAUUGCAAUUUUCGUGCAUGACACGGAGCAGAAAGUGGGCCUUAAAGAAGUGAGGGCUGAAAGGAAUGGGGAGGGGAAUGGUUCUGGGUGCCUAAAGGCCCCCUAGGUAGGUGGCUCCGGGCUGUUCUGCUACAUCUGAGCUUUGCUGUCUGGGGUGGUGCGCCAGCAUCAUCAUCCUCUUCCUGCCUUCACCUUGACUGUGGCCCUGUGGUUUCUCACCUGGUCUCCCAGCUCCUGUUAGACCUGCCUCGCCUGGCUCUUUCCUUUGUUUAGAAUGUUCUCUCUUUCCCCUUCACCUGUACAUAUUGACUCCACCUUACAGGCCUCCUUCAGCAUUUCUUCUGCAGGAAAACCUCUUCUCAGCAUCCUGGCAUUUGUACAGCCUGGUGCAGUUGCAGUUUUACGUUUGUAAUUUUACUGCCUCCCCUCCUCCUGCGUCCAGGCUGUGAGCUGGCCCCUGUGGCAGGGCAUAGGUUGCUUUUCUGACCAGUGCCCGGCACAGGGUGAGUGGAUGUCAGAGUUUUUUGAGUGAAACCCCUGAAAUCACUGGCUCUUUCCCUGAGCCGAGUCCUCAGCCAAGCAGACACUAUCCCAGCUCCCCUGGCUGCCUCUCACCACUGGCAGAGAGUGUUCCGAAGGGGGCCGUAGGAGCAGGUGAAGGGCAAAUGACAGAAUGGGAAUCUGCCGGGCAUUGGAGACAGUGGUAGAACCCGUGGGCUGUGCAUCACACUGGCUGAGUUCAAAUCCUCGCUCCCCCUCGUCUCUGUGACCUUGGCGAAAUUAGGGUCAGUUCCUUCUCCUGUAGGUAGGACUAGCAGGAGCACCCAUCUCUUGUGGAGUAUUUCUUCCUCUCCGUCCGUGGGAGGAAGUCAUGGCAGCUGUUUGUGGAAUGUCUUCCACGUGCCAGGUGCUGAGCUCAGCCCUCAACCAGAAUACCUCCUGUAAGCCUCUCUACAGUGUUCAGUGUUCAGAAUUUCUCUUAGUAAGCAGUGGGGUAGGAUCUGGCUCCAGAUGGGUCUGACCUCUGCCUCUCCAGCUGAAGGCAACAUCCCCGAUGUUCUCGCCCCUCCCUUGCCAGUUCUCAGACCCCAAAAAUUCUGAAAAUCUAGGCAACUGCGAGAAGGGCAGUCUGAAGCUCCUGGAUAGUCUUGUUUUUCUUUAAUAAGGAGCUGCCUGCCCUUCUUGCAGUUCCACAAGAUCAUCUUAGCUCAAGACUUGAUGUGUUGUUGUAUUUCAGAGCAAGCUCCAACGAGCAUUGGAAAUGCACAUCAAUCUGGACAGGGAGAUCUUGAUGAGAAAUGAGCUGCUUGAAAAGAUUGAAAGAGAAACCCUACAAGUGGAGGAGGUAGGAGGAGAGG